GUUAAGCUACUCCAGCCACAGUGACACAUUCGGCUUCACGUCCAUCAAGCGAGGCACUUAUAAAUUUGUUUCUGAAUUUUACGGUUUCGGUAAAGCAUUUUGAUAUAUUGGUUUGUUUUAAUCUUAAUCAAACAUUGUUGUUAAAUUGGUAAUGGAUUUGAAUUCAACAAAUCAAAUCCAAUACUUCGACUUUAUUGUUUUUGACGUCAGCACCCUGUAUCUAUUUUUGUGGACGGUAAUAUCGGUUAUAAUUAUAACUGGGAAUGCUCUGGUUGUAUUUGUUUCUAUUAAAAACAAUAUGCAUGAACAUAUGAACAGACGAAUACUUCUAAGCUUAAGCGUCGUUGAUUUUGCCACUGGUAUUUUUGGACUUAGUUGGAUCGUUAUAGAUAAAGCCCCAGAGACUGAAGCUACAACAAUUGCUACUUCAAUAAUUUAUCAAAGUAUGUGGUUAUGUAACAGUUUAUCUCAAUGGCAUAUUUUGCUUUUGGCUUGCGAGAGAUACAUAGCUAUUGUAUAUCCUCUCCGUUAUUUACAAUUGGCGUCUAACAAACGUGUUAACUUUGCCAUUAUUCUUGCCUGGAUAUGCGGUACAAUGAUUUGUUUAUGCGCAACCCCCCUUGCUUACUUUGUAAAUAAUAAGGCAUAUUUUUUCUCUACUGAUAUAAUUAUCCAAUUGUUGACUUUCAUCUGUUUGUCGUUUUCUCAUAUAAAAGUAUACAUCGAAGCAAAACGACAAGUUUCUAAAAUAUCUUCAAUUGAAAAUCAGCUUCGUCAUGAAAAAGUGAAGAAAAGAAAAAAAGAAUACCGUGCGACCAAGACAACAAUGGUAGUAUAUGGCGCCUACUUGGUUUGCUAUUGUCCGUAUAUUAUUUACAUUAUACCUAGUUGUAUACUUUUGUAUAUUAAUCACGGCACUGCAUUACUCAAUUCAACAUUGAUCCAUUAUCUUUUGAUGCUUCUCUAUGCUAACGCAGGGAUGAAUCCAGUCAUCUACUCCUAUCGAAACGGGAGUUUUAUGAGAAAUGUUAUCGAUUCACUCAUACACACACUAGGAAUAAGAACCACGGUGAAUACGUGAUGUACAUUGUUUUUCGUCCGUUUUUACUGAGGUCGACGGCUUUUGAAGAAGAUUGUAAAAACUUCGGUAAUUGGUGACUAAUUUGUAAAUAAUUGCCUCAUGAUUGGUUGAUAUUUUGACAUAUGAAUGAAAAAAUAUUAUGAUUAUUUACACAGAACAAUACUAUCCAUAAGCUUAAGAACAUGAGUUAAAAAGCCAGGUUCCGGAGGGCAAUUGAUAAGUUCUACAACUGCUUUUUUAAGGAUCAGGUUAUAAACUUAUUUUGGAUAUUAUAAUAUCGCCUUCUUUAAAAAAAAAAAAACCAAUCGAUUUUAUUCUUUAGUAGUAGGCUUACAAUUUGAAUGAAAGUCAUAUUCAUGAAUGAUUUUACCAAUGGCUGUUUUUCAGGAAUGAUUCCAUUUAAUUUGGACACAAUUUUACAUAUGGAAUAUGGAAUAGGCCUUUGUUAUACAGUAAUCAUUUUGGUUAUUAACAACUAGAUCAUGUUGUUUCCUAUAUUUUUAGAUCCUACCUUUUUCUGAUUGGUCAGAAUUUAUCUUUUGUUUUGAGUUCUGUUUUUUAAGUUUGUCACCACCUUGGACUUCAUUCAUUCUUGAAAAUGUUCUAAUAAAAAACGGAAACGUAGAAUCAAUUUUGGCCUCCCGUGUGUCAUUUUUCGGAGUCACCAUACUCAUAUUCUAUUUGCAAAUAAUCAGUGGCUCCUUUGGUUUUAUAUGGAAUGUGGUCUU